AUGAGCUCCCGAGAUGAGGAUAAGGUGUCUGCUCCUGAAGCCACCUUUGGGCAAGAGGGCAGGGAACACUUAGAGGACCCCCUGAACAGUCCCGGAGUUGCCGAGGGCUCAAGCCUCAUCAAAGGUCCUCUGAAGAUCGGAGAGGGAGAGGGCGGCCUCCCGGGGACUGAAAGCUGCGAGGUGGAUCCUUGGCCUAUGUCGGAAGCAACAAAGGAAGGAGAAGGGGUGCUUAGUGAGCCAGAAGGCAGGACCACUUCUCCCGUGGACCAAGAAGAUGUCGGCGUGGACUUCCUGCCCCAGCUCAGUAUUGAAGCUACAGCUAUAAUGCGAGAGCUGGCCAACCUACAGACGCGAAGAGUUCCCAGGUACCUGUCUCCACAAACCUGCGCCGCUGAACUGGCCGCCCUUUGGGGAAGUUUAGAUGACGGCUCCAGCAGAGGGGGGCAGGCCCUGAGCAGUGAUGAAGGGAAGCAGGUCUCAGCCAGCUCACAGUACCCCCGGGGCCUGGGGCGAAGCAGAGCCUGGGUGGACCCGAGAAGAAGUGUCACAAGUAGGAUGUUGAGCAGUGAAAGUAUCCAAUGUCCCUCCUCAUACCCUACAUCUUCUGAUGAGGCCAGUGAGACACAAUUGAUGAGGGUGACCAUUUGCCUCAAAGAAGGAGGCCAAGGCAAGUCUAGUGGCCUCACUGAGCUGGAAGACACAGGCAGCCACCCGACUGUCCAUGGCAGGGAAAGUUUCGUCCAUGUGCCACCCUCUGUACUGUCCAGUACUACCCGGACCCUCAGCUCAAGCAUGGAGAAGCAGGCUUCAGGAGAGCUGGAAGGCUCCCUGUCUAAGAAAAAACAAAGUAUGGUCUGGGGCAAAGAAGGGAGCAGACACAGCAUCCCAGGAGCCACUGCUGCUGCUGCUACCUCUGCUGCGGUCCUUGCCCCUGCUGCCACUGCUCCUGGUGCCAUUCCCAAGACCAGUCCUAGAAAGAAGCCAGCACAGGAGAAGCCUCAGAAGCAAGGCCAUGAGAAGUCCUUGUUAGAUCCCUCAAGAGGACCCCUGGGAAGAACCUUCCCAGCAUGGGGACAGAGACUCAAGUCAGCUCCUGUAGGACCAUCCACUCUCCCCCCAAUCUCAGGGGUUGCCCUGCUAGGAAAGGGCAAUAAAUGCACACUGUCUUCGGGGCCCAAAGAGUGCAAGCCCUUCUGCACUGGGAAGAAAUCCCUGGCAAAGAAGACAAAGGAAUCCCAGCCAGGAGCCAAAGAAGAUGAUGACUCCACCAGAGAUUCUGGCCUGCAGGCUCAACUUCCAACACGCAGGGCAGAGCAACCUUGCAUGUUGAUGCAUCGUGGAGAAAUGAGCAGUGGAGACCCCAGCCUCCGAGCACCGCACGUUCCAGGAAGCUCUCAGGUCUUGAGGCAGAGAAGUGCCCGGCUCAGAGCUCCUGCACCUGCUGGUGAACAGGAUCCAACCUUGGAUCCUUUACUACCUGUUGGAGAGAGUCAGCCACAAGUAGUACGAGGCACACCAGGAUGUCCGCAGUGCCUGAUGUUACAGAAGGAAAUAGAGGAACUCAAGGAACAACUAGGUAUGACCGAGCCAGGGCAGGGAAGCAAUGGGGAGAGGGCCGGAGGGAGAACUCAGUGUUUGGGUGCAGAAAAACGCUCCCACAUAGAGCUCGGUGCUGGGUGGGGGAGUCUGUCCCCAGGCUCCUUGCAUGGUGGCUGGAGGGCAGUGAGGUGGCUGGCUGGAAGUUCCUGGGGCACAGAGAAGGGGUCAGGACACGAAGUGCAAGCGGUGUUCCUCAGGUUAGCUGGUUCACGCCUGCCUGUGGAGCAGGAGCUCUCCUGGGACCUGCAAUACUCUAAGCUCAAGGAGCGCCAGGUAGUAGCAGUGCAGGGUCCCUGCAAACUGGAAGAGUCAGCUGCCUGUGGAGUUGUGGCACGCCUGGCAACACCCCUUCCCACAGUCUCCGGGGGUCCCUCUGAGCCACACAGGAUGAGCUCAGGGAGACAGCACAUAAUCCACGUGGGAGGACAGUGA